CGAGAUCAACACCCCGCACCUCAAUGCAGCGCUUGAUCAUUCUCCGCAGACCGCGUCGGGGGCAUUUGACGGGGAAAUCGUGCAGAUCACACUGCGAGUAUUCGAGCUAGUAACGCACGGUGUGUUGGUAAACUUGCUGGAGUCGAAGGGAGUGGAGUGAUGCCGUUCGUGCUGUGCAUCAAACCCACCAGCCUGACGCCACGAGCUAGGGUGGAAGAGGCAUGGUUUCGGGCCUUCUCGAGGCCUCGGUGUCCACAUGGCCGUUCCGCCGUCCAAGGCUGGUGCGAGAGGAGAUGGGCCGCUCGGCGUUUGGGUUGUUUCUCAACCGUUCUGGCCAUUGCCGUCAUUUACCCAUGCCGUGAUUGUUGCCAGACCGGGAAACGAGGGCAAUCGCCACUUGCUCGAAAUCAAGUCGCUCAUCGUGCAUGCGGUGCUCAGAAGAGAACUGCCGUCCGUGCCGAGCCCGGAGGUCGAAACAAGCAGUGUGCCGCGCGAGUUGGCGAGAUCGCAGCUCCACUUUCGUCGGAUGGCUGUAUUCAUGUAGAUGAACGGUAUUGUUCAGCAACAACACGACUGGACCGUGGUUUGCCAUCGAAUCCGAGGGAUUGUAGGGUUUCUUCAUGAGAUGUGGACCCGAGCGCCGGACUGCUGCCUCAGGCAGGCAACAACGUCAUCUUGUGAGAUGACGGAGCUUACCUCACCCGUCUAACAAUUGUCCCGCAAGGCAGCAGACGCAUGUCUCGACUCCAUUGCUCAGCGGAUCUUGCUUUCACGAGCACAGCCUAUAAUGCGUGGCGUUAAGGCACAAGACUGGCACUGGGCGAGAUGCUCCGUCGUAGCCACACAAAAUCAUUGAAUGGCUGUGAGCAGUGGUGAGAGAUGGUGUCGACAAGUGUUCCUGUCGCCGAGGACUG